AAUAACAGAGAAUCGUACACGGCUCAUAUGUAAUAAAAUAAUUUGCUCUCAAACUAUUUUGAUUUCCAAGUUUAUCCCAGAGCUCUAUGGGGGGUUGAGCUGUAAAUACUUACUAUUGUCAUCUGGCGCGAGUGGAUUGACUCGUCACAAUCAGAGACUCUUUUCCUCAAACAACAAGGGCAACACAACUCCACUUCAACCUCACACACACAGUCUCUAUUUUGUGUCUUGCGUUUAUCAUCUGUAAGGUAGAUAGUGUUGAGGUCAUGUGGAGAAAGGCUGUGUUGGUGGCAGUGUUGGCGUUUGGGAUGGGAUACCUGUACCACACCGACCCAGAACUACCAGCCCAUGUCCUGAACUACGUCAGCAAAUCCCUGCAGCAGGUGCAGCCGAGUGGUGGGUCCGAGCCCCGCCCCCCGAUCCUGGAGGAGUCCAUUGUCCGCGCCUGGCAGACCCUGAUCAUCGCUCCUGCCCGUCGCUGGGGCAGAGUCGCUGUUGGGGUGAAUGCCUGUGUAGAUGUGGUGGUUUCUGGGGUGGGGUUGCUCCAGGCUUUAGCCUUGGAACCAGGAUCAGGCAUGGACCAUGAGGUGCUACACAGCAAAGAAGACCUGAAAGAGGCCUUCGUCCACUACAUGGGAAAGGGUGCAGCCGCAGAACGCUUCUUCUCCGAUAAACAGGUUUUUCAAAGGAUUGCACGGGCGGCUGCGGAAUAUCCCGGCGCUCAGCUCUAUGUAGGUGGAAACGCUGCACUGAUUGGCCAGAAAUUGGUGUCCCACCCCCAGAUAGUGGUCCUGUUGUGUGGUCCAGUGGGGCCGAAGCUUCAUGAAUUGCUGGAUGAACAGAUCGUGGUCCCCCCUGAAUCUUUGCAGGAGACGGAUGAGUACCAUCUUAUCCUGGAGUAUAAAUCAGGUGAACAGUGGGGUUCCUCACGAGCACCUCAAGCUAACCGCUUCAUUUUUUCCCAUGACGUGUCCAACGGUGAAAUGAGCGCUCUGGAGAUGUUCGUUGCCAGUCUAGAUGAGUUUCAGCCUGACCUAGUGGUUCUUUCUGGGCUGCAUAUGAUGGAAGGAAUGGGUCGGGACCUCUGGGAGAACCGACUGAAAGAGGCAGUGGUGGCCAUCUCAGAUGUGAGGAACGACAUACCCAUCCACCUGGAGCUGGCCAGUAUGACGGACAGAGACUAUAUGAACAGAAUCCUGCAGGAGCAGGUCGUGCCCAUCGUAAACUCUGUUGGUCUGAACGAACAGGAGCUGCUGUUUUUGGCACAGUCGGGAGGAGGUCCUCAUGCCGACCUCACUGCCUGGAACGGCAUACCCGACAUAGGCCGCGUCAGCGACAUCCUCAUGUGGAUUCUGGAGCAGCAUGGUCGGGCAGACACAGAAUCCGAAGCUGAUCUAACCAGGAUCCAUUUCCACACACUGGCGUACCACAUCCUGGCUACGGUGGACGGCCACUGGGGAAAUCAGGUAGCGGCGGCCGGUGCCCGUGUCGCUAGCAGUCAAGCGUGCGGUCUCCAAACGGUGGAUAUUACUAAGGUUGUCCUCAAAGCUCCUUUAAACUUCUACAGUUCUUUCUCAGAACCAAGAGAGAGCCUAACGGUGGACCCGACGAAACCAGUCACCGUGUGGCGCAGAGGGAACGUUUUGUUCCAUCUAACGCCGGUCUUGGUGUGCAAACAGCCACUUAGGACGGUGGGACUAGGGGACGCCAUAUCCGCAGAGGGACUUCUGUAUUCUGAGAUCGUGCCGCAGGCUCAUUGGGAACUUUAGGACUUUUGUAAAACGUCUGUCUUUGAAGUCAAACUACAAUCUUUUUGAAAACUCUUACUUGCCAUUAGAUCCUCUUCCUUGGCUAGAGACUUCCAAAGCAGUUCUAGGAAUCAAAAUAACAGGAAGAGAACAUAUUUUCAAGGUGUUAUAGGAACAAGACUCUAGUUCGCUCAAGUUCUGACAUGCAGUUCAAGUGCUCUGUCCUCUUCCCAGAGACUUUGUUGUUCCUACUUUCGUCUGAUUGUGAAAGAUUGCACUGGAUGCAAUAAUGCAAGCCAGCCUCAACUCCUUUUUUGUUUCGUUUUUAAAAAAAAGGAUAGUUCAGCCAUAAAGGAAAUUUGUGACAUCAUUUACUCACGCUCUUGUCAUUUUAAGGUCAUAUGACUUUCAAUGUCCAAAAGUGCUCUUAUUUAGUAAUGGAGACAAAUGCUGUUAAGCUCCAAAAAUGACAACAAAGAGCCAUGAAAGUACCAUAAAAGACAUCCAUAUGACUUGGACACUAUAUUCCAAGUCUUCAUAACCAUACGAUGGUUUGUGUGUGGAACCGACUAAAAUGUAAGUCGUUAUUAGUUGAAUAUCUGUCUCUCAAAUCUCAUUCAGUGCUAAUAUGGCACAUCAAGGUGGACGGUUUGUCGUCAACAUCUUUUCUGGCCAUAUUUUAAUUUGAAGUGACACGAGGGCGAGUAAAUGAUAGAAUUUUCAUUUUUGGUGAAACUAUUCCUUUUCACUUUCUUUAGUCACACCUUUUAAAUACACAAACACUUGACGGUUAGAACUAGACAGGUCAAACUUUGAUGUUGGCUUGACAAAGCAUAGAUGGUAAAGUAGACCUUCAUAUAAAACCUUCAAAAAGAUUGUAUUGGAAACUUAAGCCAUGAUAUGGCAGACCUUGUUUGUGUUUGUUUCCAUGAGAAUUUUUUUGGAGUUGGAGUUUGAAUUAACGAGCUUCCCAUUGGUCUGUUAGAACAUUCUGUCAAUAUUAGUUUAUGGGAUUUUUCAGAUUUUUUGAAAUUUUCAGCUGAUUUUUUAAUGUCCGCUGUGCGUUGUCCAUUUGGUUGGAAAGUCUGUGCCAAGUUUGGUGGAUGUAGCUUGAAAGCUCGAGGAGGAGAUUCAAUUGAUAAUUUUGAGCUUGGUUUAGGGAUUUGGGGAAAACUUUGUCAAGCCAACAUAAUUAUCAGAGACCGAAUGUGUCUCUGAUAACCUUAAAAGUAGGCUUUAUUUUCUUUAAAGGGAUUGUUCAACAAAAAAUGUAAAUUCUGGGAUUCUCCCAUACAAUAAAAGUGAAUGGUGACUGAUGCUAACAUCGUGGCUAGCGUCACCUUUUGUGUUGUAAAUCAAACAAGUUUGGAACAACACGAGAGUGAGCUAAUAAUGAGAGAAUUUUCAUUUUUGAGCAAACUAUCCCUUUAAGCAAAUUACAUAUUUUUUAUUAUUAUUAUUUCUUUUGAUUUGGGGGUGAAAUCUAACCCAAACAUUUCUAGAUACUAGUAGGUGCUUACUUGAUGGUAUUGUGGCCGUUAUUCAGUGCACAUAAUCUUAUUCAGAUAUUAAAUACCACAAAUUACUCUUGUCUUAAAUGCAUCUUAAUACAUGUUCUUAAGGGAGCAGGUGGGGAAUAUAGCGGUAGGUUUUAGCCAGCAUCACCAUUUGUUCACUCUUACUUUUGAUCAACAGAAUAUCUGUUUGUUUACGUUGGACUUCUGGUGAAUCAUGUACUGUAGGUAGCAUUAACGAUGACUGUUGAGAUUUUAUAAUGCUUCCUGUUUUUAAGAGUCAUAAAUACAGAUUGUAAAUUGUUUGUAGAUGGUUGUGGGCCCUGUUGCUUUGAAAUUGUCCUCGAUUACUCAUGCGAGUAGAUAUUAACAUGAAUGGGCCCUGUUUCCUUUCUCAAUACAUGCUCCUGGACGUAUUGUGCAUGAUUAAUUUGUUUACAUUAUUCCAAACAACAAUGAUUUAAUUGUUAUCUUUCAUCAAAAUGUAAUAACUUCACUUAUGUCACCAAGCCUCAGUCUGUCUUAUUUUUUACUGCAGUUCUGAAACACUCCAUGUUGAUUGCAAAACUGUUGGUUUCUCAGCCUGCAACUGGCAAUACUGUAAAUGGAAUCAGUUUUUAUUAUGAUGUCAUAAUGUGUACUGUACUAAUGGAUAAACAAAACAUUGUUUCAAUCAGUUGUUCGAACAUGGGAAAGGGUUAAUGUUAUUUUGAGAAACUAGUACGUUUAUACAUCAAGUUAUAGACCAAAAAGCAAAGUCUUGUAACAGUUACUGGGCAAAACUAUGUCCUUUAAUCAUAACAUUAAGACUAGAAAUAUUUAGCUCUGUUGACUUGAGUAUGGAGUAUUUUUUUAUAUAAAUAAAUCUGGUGAUCCAAUUAUGAAAUGACUUUGCGUUUCCUUUGUAUUAGCAUGCAGUUAUGUUUUCGAAGGACCGAUAAAUUUUUAGUAUUCGAGGCAUCGAGGUUUAUUCGAUUCCAUGGGGUGAAGACUUGACCCGUCCUUAAGGGUUUAGUUCGGACACAUAUUCAGUGAAGACUUAGCCUGCCUUCAAGGGUUUAAAGCAGCAGGUGAUCAACCCAUCUUAGUCGGACCCGCAGAGCAACGAGACCUGCGGGCAGGAACACAAAACCUGCAAGCCCAACCAUGUCAGGUUGUUAACUCCAGG